ACCGUGCGAACGACCUGACCGGAAAACCAACGGGCUGAGUGGAUCGGAUUGCUGGCAGAGGAAAGAUGGCAGCCGCGGCGGUGGCUGAGUUUCAGAGAGCACAGUCUCUUCUUGGAACGGACCGGAAUGCCUCUAUCGAUAUCUUGCAUUCAAUAGUCAAGCGGGACAUCCAGGAGAGCGAUGAGGAGGCGGUGCGUGUCAAAGAGCAGAGCAUCCUGGAGCUGGGGGGGCUGCUGGCCAAGACGGGACAGGCCGCGGAGCUUGGGGGUCUGCUCAAGUAUGUACGCCCCUUCCUCAACUCCAUCUCCAAGGCCAAGGCAGCCCGGCUGGUCCGCUCCCUGCUUGACCUCUUCCUGGACAUGGAGGCUGCCACAGGUCAGGAGGUCGAGCUCUGCCUUGAGUGCAUAGAUUGGGCCAAGGCUGAGAAGAGGACCUUCCUCAGACAGGCACUCGAGGCUCGUCUCAUUUCACUGUAUUUCGACACAAAGUGCUACCCAGAGGCACUACACCUUGGUUCCCAGUUGCUGCAGGAGCUGAAGAAGAUGGACGACAAGGCGCUGCUAGUUGAGGUCCAGCUGCUGGAGAGCAAGACGUACCACGCUCUCAGUAACCUCCCCAAGGCCCACGCCGCCCUCACCUCUGCCAGAACAACCGCCAACGCCAUCUACUGCCCACCCAAACUACAAGCAGCUUUAGACAUGCAGUCAGGGAUCAUUCACGCCGCAGAGGAGAAAGACUGGAAGACGGCGUACUCCUACUUCUACGAGGCCUUCGAGGGCUACGACUCCAUCGACAGCCCCCGAGCCAUCACCUCCCUCAAAUACAUGCUGCUCUGCAAAAUCAUGCUCAACUUGCCUGAGGAAGUCCAGGCGCUCGUCAGCGGCAAGCUAUCUCUCCGGUACUCUGGAAGACAGACAGACUCUCUGAAAUGUGUGGCACAAGCCAGCAAGAACCGGUCGCUCGCAGACUUUGAGAAGGCACUUACAGAGUACAAACCAGAGCUGAGGGAGGACCCCAUCAUCAGCACCCAUCUGACCAAGCUGUACGACAACCUGCUGGAGCAGAACCUCAUCAGGGUCAUUGAGCCUUUCUCCAGGGUCCAGAUAGCACACAUUUCCUCCCUCAUCAAACUUUCUAAGGGAGACGUGGAGAGGAAAUUAUCACAGAUGAUUCUGGAUGAGAAGUUUCACGGUAUUUUGGACCAAGGCGAAGGCGUGCUGAUCGUCUUCGAGGAGCCAGUGGUGGACAAGACGUACGAGGCGGCCCUGGAGACCAUUCAGAACAUGAGCAAAGUGGUCGACUCGCUCUACAACAAAGCCAAGAAGCUAACAUAAGAGAGAGAGCGACGCCGUCCGUCCUCCUGUCCAGAGCGAUGUGGGCCGGUCGAUUGGUCACUUCAGCCUGGGAGGGACGGGGGGGACGGGGGGGGGGGGACGGGGACGAGGAGAUUACAACGACUCAACAAUCCCAGCAAGCGAAUAAACCAGCCGACCAACUGAAGACAACCCAACAGAACAACAAGUCCUCCCUCUGCUCGUCCUCCCUCCCUCCCGGACGCUGUCUUUUCCUUCCAAUCUGACGGGGUAGAUCUGGCACAAAGUGCUCCUCCCUAUGGACAAAUCCAGGCACUGCGCCCCUCGUCUCCUCUCGUCUCUUCCCCCACCACUGGUUUCUACUGUAUGUAAGACUGGACAAGCCCCCCCCACUCCCUCUCACCCUCCCCCUGACCUGUUUCUCUCUGCACUGGCCAUCAGGGAAUCUUGUAAAAUAACAAUAAAGAAUACAUAUACAGUACUUAUACAUACAUAUAUUGUAAAAAAAAAAAAAAAGAAAAGAAAAAAAGAGAGAAAACACAUGCUUGGUCUGUUGUCGGAGUGUAACCUGGGGCGGCGGUGGUUCGGUUGCUCUGACCCUCGCAGGAUUCUAACUUCAAUUUGCCAACUGGCCCUGAAAGUAAAUAGACCUAUGGUCAACAAGGUCACCUGAUGAUUGGUGACCCCCCCACACACAUCCCCUCCUCCUCCUCCUCCUCCUCACAUUCUUACUGUGACCAAUGAGUGGUCUCACUCAGUCACAAGGCAUUCUGGGAUUCGUGGACCACAAAGGGAAAUCUUCUCUUCUGUCUACCUGGGGACCACGCCACAAUGAGAGGGUGACGCUCAUCAACACACCGGUUCUCUCGCUCUUUCUCUCUCUCUCUCUCUCUCUUUCUCCUUCCACUUCCUGUUUGUAUAUAACAAUUGCCAAGCAUCAUCCCCAGGCCUGAUUAUAGUCACACCGAACCCCCCUCCUUUUUUUGUUGUUCUUUUUUUGUAACGUGUAAAGAACAAGAGUAAACUUGCCCGCCGAGAGCUUGGUCGGUCACACAAAGUGCUUUUUCGAUUGCUGGAGACGUGAUCGGAGAGAGAGCUCUUGUUCUUGAGUUGAGGAAAAAACGGCGGGUGUCCGCUGAAGAAAAUCAAGGUGUACAAUUUUUGGGGAACUUUAAUUUUGCAAGGACUCAAGGGUUUACCGUAUAUGACAUAGAGAAAGAAAAAUGCUAAUAAAAAAAAAAAUUGAAACCA